CGCGUACAGUACGCUCCUUUUGAACGAAGUGAAACGAGCGGCUCUCACAGCGUGCACGUCAUCCACGCCUCAAUAAUUCCGAGCAGCAAGAAUACCGGACUUUGUGCAGCCAACGCGAACGCCACGCGCACCCACCCACGGAGACAACCUCAACGGAGCCGCUGCAUGCAAGGUACGACGUUUCACCUCGUCCCUUCACGCCCAUUGACCCUGCAACGCCCCAACUUGUAUUCAAGAUCGCCGCACGCUCCAUCUCUACCUCCUGAAAUCGCAAGUUUCCCCUUCCCUCGCACACCCAAGUCGGACCUCAGCGCAGUGUCGGACGGUCGGUGUCCAUUCCGUCUCGAAGAUUAGAAAGACACCAUUCUUGCCACCCAAGGCGAGCACGUGGGUGCAUGUACACGUAAAUGCAUUGCAGCCGACUUGAGUGGCUGCUCGGCGCCAAGAUACGCUGCCAACGACGUGAUGCGUUUCUCGAUCGCCUAUCUCGCGCGCGGUCGUGAUUCGUCCGCCGCGGCGUUGUACUCACCGUUGGACCAAUCGCCGCUUCAAGAACUCAGCAAGGCUUCAACAAGUAAGUCCCUUUCCCGUCAUAUUCGAACUUCGUCAGCAGCACCCACAAUGGCCUCCAACGACAUCUACCGCGGUCAAGCCGCGCAUGAGCCCGGCCUCGACGUCAAGCCGCAUUCGUAUGCGGCCAAGCCGUUCGACGAAGAGUACGACAUUGAAGUCAAGGUGACCCACUGCGGCAUCUGCGGCUCGGACCUGCACACGAUCUCGGGCGGCUGGGGUGAAAUCGACUACCCGCUCGUCGUCGGCCACGAGAUCGUCGGCCACGUCGUCCGCAUCGGCUCCAAGGUCGACAAGACCAAGUUUGCCAUUGGCAUGCGUGUCGGGGUCGGCGCCCAGUGCGAGAGCUGCCUCAACUGCGCGCAGUGCGACAAGAACAAGGAGCAGCUCUGUCCCGAAAUGCUCUGGACGUACGGCAGUACCAACAAGGCGGGGUACGUGACCCAGGGCGGGUACGCCGACUACUACCGGUGCCACGCCAAGUUUGUGUUUCCGAUCCCGGCUGGCCUCCCGUCCGAGUCGGCGGCGCCCAUGAUGUGCGCGGGUGUCACGACGUACUCGCCGCUCAAGGCCCACGGCGCGGGUCCUGGCAAGAAGGUUGCGGUUCUCGGUAUCGGCGGUCUCGGUCACCUCGGUAUUCAGUGGGCUGUCGCACUCGGUGCCGAGGUCACGGCGCUCUCGUCGUCGGCGGCCAAGGAAGCCGAGUGCAAGAACGUGCUCGGCGCGCACCACUACCUCAACUACAGCGACCCGGAGGCCGUCAAGGCGGCGGCGCAGUCGUUUGACAUUUUGCUGUGCACGUCGUACGGUGACAAGACGGACUGGAACUUCCUCUUCAACCUCGUGGCGACGGAAGGCAAGUUUAUCCUCGUGGGUCUCCCGGAGAAGCCGAUUUCGUUCAUGGCGUUCUCGGUCGUGCCGCGUCAGAUCACGUUUGUCGGGUCGCUCAUCGGGUCGCCCGAGACGAUCGAAGAGAUGCUGCAGUUUGCCGUCGAGAAGAACGUGCGCUCGAUCGUGCAGGUGAUGCCCAUGGCCGAAGCGUCGGCUGCCUUGAAGAAGGUCCGUGCAGGCGAUGUCCGCUUCCGCAUCGUCCUCCAAAACUAGCGGGUUUUGCGGGAUCAAAUUGCAAUGCUAACGCACGCAAAUAUAUGUUGUGUCUAUCUAUA